CCGGCGCCCGGUCGCUCGCCGCUCUUCGCACUUGCGUCGCGGCUCCGGGGCAGCCGGGCGUCGCGCCAUGGCGUCCCCGGCGGCAGGCGUGGUGGUGAUCGUUGGCAGCGGACUCAUUGGGCGAAGCUGGGCUAUGUUGUUUGCCAGCGGAGGCUUCAGGGUGAGACUCUAUGACGUUGAACAGCAACAGGUAACGAGCGCCUUGGAAAACAUCAGGAAGGAGAUGGCGUUCCUGGAGCGGUCCGGGUGCCUGAAAGGCCGUCUGAGCGCCGAGGAGCAGGGGUCGCUGGUCAGCGGUUGCUUGGACAUCCGAGAAGCAGUAGGGGGCGCCCUGCACAUUCAGGAAUGCGUUCCAGAAAACCUGGAGCUGAAGAAGAAGGUUUUUGCUCAGUUGGAUCAAAUCAUCGACGACAAGGUGGUCCUCAGCAGCUCCAGCUCCUGCCUCCUGCCGUCGCAGCUGUUCGCCGGCCUGGCGCACGUGCGGCAGUGCAUCGUGGCCCAUCCCGUAAAUCCACCGUAUUACGUGCCAUUGGUUGAGCUGGUCCCACACCCAGAGACGGCCCCUGCGACGGUGGACAGAACCCACGCCCUGAUGCAGAAGAUCGGACAGUCCCCAGUCAGGGUCCUGAAGGAGAUUGACGGCUUUGCCCUGAACCGCCUGCAGUAUGCCAUCAUCAGUGAGGCCUGGCGGCUGGUGGAGGAAGGAGUAGUGUCUCCGAGUGACCUUGACCUUGUCAUGUCAGAUGGGCUGGGCAUGCGGUAUGCGUUCAUCGGACCCCUGGAAACCAUGCAUCUCAACGCGGAAGGCCUGCGCAGCUACUGUGACCGGUACAGCGACGGCAUGAAACGUGUCCUGAAGACGUUCGGGCCCGUUCCAGACUUUUCCGGGGCCACGGUUGAAAAGGUUAACCAGGCCAUGUGUCUGAAGGUCCCCGCGGACCCGGAGCGCCUGGCUGCCCGGCGGCAGUGGAGGGACGAGUGUCUUCAGAGACUCGCCGGGCUGAAGAGGCAGAUGCAGCCGCAGUAGCGCCCCGCGCGCAGCCCCCCCCUCCGCCCCCGUGUCCCCGGAGCCCCGGCGCCGGCGCCGCGGCAGGAGGGCCGUCGUCUGAGGGUCUUCACCCCGUGUGAUUCCGUACUCUAAUCCGUAGCAAAGUCUUUUCGUAAUCAUUCUCCGAUCUGCUUCUGAGCACCCUGUGGCCCUGCAUUUAUGAGGCGACUACCUUCAUUUUGUCAAUGCUUAUUCUGAAUAAAGGUUUUUGAUUGCAUAAA